AUGAAGCUCACUGAUGCCCGAGCAGCUGUAAUCUGCCAGCCAGAGGGGCCUUUGCUGGCCACCUCUUGUGGCCCAUCCCAGAGAGUGACAGGGCAGGAUAUUCCCUGGGUGGGCUGCCCUAUGGAAUUCUGGACCAAGGAGGAGAAUCAGAGCGUGAUGGUGGACUUCCUGCUGCCCACUGGGGUCUACCUGAAUUUCCCGGUGUCCCGCAAUGCCAACCUCAGCACCAUCAAGCAGGUGCUGUGGCACCAUGCCCAGUACGAGCCAUUCUUCCACAUGCUCAGCGACCCUGAGGCCUAUGUGUUCACCUGCGUCAACCAGACAGCUGAGCAGCAGGAGCUGGAGGAUGAGCAGCGUCGGCUGUGUGAUGUCCGGCCCUUCUUGCCUGUGCUGCGUCUGGUGGCCCGGGAGUGUGACCAUGUGAAGAAGCUCAUCAACUCGCAGAUCAGUCUCCUCAUCGGCAAAGGCCUCCAUGAGUUUGACUCCCUGCGGGACCCAGAAGUGAAUGACUUCCGAGACAAGAUGUGCCAGUUCUGCGAAGAGGCGGCUGCACACCGCCAGCAGCUGGGCUGGGAGGCCUGGCUGCGGUACAGCUUCCCCCUGCAGUUGGAGCCUUUGGCCAGGAGCUUGGGGGCUGGCACCCCAAGGACCCCCAACCAGACCCUGCUGGUUAAUGUCAAGUUCGAAGGCAGUGAGGAAAGCUUCACUUUCCAAGUGUCCAGCAAAGACAAACCCCUAGCACUGAUGGCCUGUGCCCUCCGGAAGAAAGCCAAGAUGUUCCCACAGUGCCUAGUGGAGCAGCCUGAGGACUAUGCUCUGCGGGUGAAUGGGAGGCAUGAGUAUCUCUAUGGCAGCUACCCCCUCUGCCAGUUCCAGUACAUCUGCGGCUGCCUGCACAGUGGAUGGACCCCCCACCUGACCAUGGUCCAUUCCUCCUCCAUCCUCACCAUGCGGGAUGAGCAAAGCAACCCCACCCCCCAGGUUCAGAAACCAUGCACCAAGCCGCCCCCCAUUCCUGCAAAGAAGCCUUCCUUGGUGUCGCUGUGGUCUCUGGAGAAGGCAUUCUGCAUCGAUCUGAUCCAGGGAAGCAAAGUGAAUGCAGACGAGAGGAUGAAGCUGGUGGUGCAGGCCGGACUCUUCCAUGGAAAUGAAUUGUUGUGCAAGACAGUGUGCAGCUCGGAGGUGAGCAUGUGCUCGGAACCCGUGUGGCAGCAGCGGCUGGAGUUUGACAUCAAUGUCUGUGACCUGCCCCGCAUGACCCGGCUCUGCAUCAUGCUCUACGCUGUGGUGGAGAAGACCAAGAAGGCUCGCUCCACCAAGAAGAAGUCCAAGAAGGCGGACUGCCCCAUUGCCUGGGCCAACCUCAUGCUGUUUGACUAUAAGAACCAGCUCAAGACUGGAGAGUGCUGCCUCUACAUGUGGCCGUCUGUCCCAGGUGAGAAAGGAGAGCUGCUGAACCCUGUGGGCACCGUGUGCAGCAACCCCAACACCAAGAGUGCCUCUACACUGCUUAUCUGCUUGCCUGAGGUGGCCCCUCACCCUGUUUACUACCCUGCCCUGGAGAAGAUCCUGGAGCUGGGCCAUCAUGGGGAGAGGGCACAUGCCACUGAGGAGGAGCAACUGCAGCUGCGAGAAAUCCUGGAGCGCCAGGGGCCCGGGGAACUAUAUGAACAUGAGAAAGACUUGGUGUGGAAACUGAGGCACAAAGUCCAGGAGCAGUUCCCAGAGGCAUUGGCCCGCCUGCUGCUGGUCACCAAGUGGAACAAACAUGAGGAUGUGGCACAGAUGCUCUACCUGCUACGCUCUUGGCCUGAGCUGCCCGUCCUGAGCGCCCUGGAGCUGCUGGACUUCAGCUUCCCUGACUGCCACGUGGGCUCCUUUGCCAUCAGGUCCCUACGGAAACUCACGGAUGACGAGCUUUCCCAGUACCUGCUGCAGCUGGUACAAGUGCUCAAGUAUGAGUCCUACCUAGACUGCGAACUCACCAAAUUCCUGCUAGACCGGGCCCUGUCCAACCGCAAGAUCGGCCACUUCCUCUUCUGGCACCUUCGCUCUGAGAUGCAUGUGCCAUCGGUGGCCCUGCGCUUUGGCCUCAUCUUGGAGGCCUACUGCAGGGGCUGCACCCACCACAUGAAGAUGCUGAUGAAGCAGGGGGAAGCACUGAGCAAGCUGAAGGCGCUCAAUGACUUUGUGAAGGUGAGCUCCCAGAAGAUGACCAAACCCCAGACCAAGGAACUAAUGCACCUGUGCAUGCGCCAGGACACCUACAUGGAGGUCCUCUCCCAUCUGCAGUCCCCGCUGGACCCAAGCACCCUGCUGGAGGAAGUCUGUGUGGAGCAGUGUACCUUCAUGGACUCCAAGAUGAAGCCCCUGUGGAUCAUGUACAGCAGUGAGGAGGCGGGCUAUGCAGGCAACAUGGGUAUCAUCUUUAAGAAUGGGGAUGACCUCCGGCAGGACAUGCUAACCCUGCAGAUGAUCCAGCUCAUGGACAUCCUGUGGAAGCAGGAGGGCCUGGACCUGAGGAUGACUCCCUAUGGCUGCCUCCCCACUGGCGACCGUACUGGCCUCAUCGAGGUAGUGCUCCACUCGGACACCAUAGCCAACAUCCAGCUGAACAACAGCAAUAUGGCAGCCACAGCUGCCUUCAACAAGGAUGCCCUGCUCAACUGGCUCAAGUCCAAGAACCCUGGGGAGGCCCUGGAUAGAGCCAUCGAGGAGUUCACCCUCUCCUGUGCUGGCUACUGCGUGGCCACCUAUGUGUUGGGCAUUGGUGACCGGCACAGUGACAACAUCAUGAUCCGGGAGAGUGGGCAGUUGUUCCAUAUUGACUUUGGCCACUUUCUGGGGAAUUUCAAGACUAAGUUUGGAAUCAACCGCGAGCGAGUCCCAUUCAUCCUCACCUAUGAUUUUGUCCACGUGAUUCAGCAGGGGAAGACAAACAACAGUGAGAAAUUUGAAAGGUUCCGGGGCUACUGUGAAAGAGCGUACACCAUCCUGCGGCGCCACGGGCUCCUCUUCCUCCACCUCUUUGCUCUGAUGCGGGCAGCAGGCCUGCCUGAUCUCAGCUGCUCCAAAGACAUCCAGUAUCUCAAGGACUCUCUGGCCCUGGGAAAAACAGAGGAAGAGGCCCUAAAGCACUUCCGGGUGAAGUUCAAUGAAGCGCUGCGUGAGAGCUGGAAGACCAAAGUGAACUGGAUGGCGCACAAUGUGUCCAAAGAUAACAGGCAAUAG